AUGGGGGUAAAUCAAAAAGACAUAACUAAGUUCUUUGUUUCUAAUCUGCCGGAGAAGUGUAGUUCCAAGGAUAUCGGGGAGGUUUUCAGUAGAUUCGGUGAAGUUGCUGAGGUGUACGUUGCAAGAAAAAGGGAUAAGUUAGGUAACCGAUUUGGGUUUGUUUCCUUCAGAGGGGUGCGAGACAAAAGGGCAAUGGAACAGUGUUUGAAGGACAUUAAUAUGGGUAAUUUCAAACUUGUGGUUAACGUGGCAAGAUUUGCAGCGGAAAAUAACGAUGGAAGUCAGCAGCCGGAGAAGAAUUAUAAUCCUUCGAGAAGUUUUGGCGAAAAUUUUAUGGGUGGUGGCAAGGGUCAGCAUAGCAUGCCCCAGCCCAACAGUAACUUCGCUCCAAACCCCUGGGGAUCUUCGUUCAGGGACACUCUGAUGGGCUCUUCCAAGGGAGUUGGUUUGGAUGAUAAGAUGGUUGAAGUGUCCCAGUUCGUGAAACUGUUGGGGGAGUGGAAAAUAAGAGUUUGA